AUGCCAGAGCACCGCAGAGCAUCUGUACCAAGCUACAAGGAGCGAUCAACAGGAGGAAUCGCACAAAGCAGUCCACAGUCUGGUGAGAAUUCAUAUUUUGGGGGGUCUGUUGCAGCUGUGGGGCAAAAGGAUACCCGCCGAUGUUUUUCCUGCAACCAGAUGGGCCAUGUGAGGACUGGCUGUCCACAUAAGAAGGAACCAACUUCACCUGGACAGCCUGUUGUGAUGCUUGUGUCUGGUAAGCCUGAGAAUCUACAUCAUCAUAUGCAGUCUGUGAUUGUGGGGGACAAAGUGACUCAGGGACUAAGAGACUCAGGUUCUAAUUUGUCUCUGGUGCGUCCAGAGAUGAUAAACACUGGGGACAUUAUACCUGGAAAGACUUUGUCCAUAAAGGGAGUGGGUGGGAGCCACCCAAAGGUGCCUGUGGCAAAAGUUUUCUUGGAUUGGGGUGCGGGGAGAGGUCUAAGGGAAGUGGGUGUAACUAAUGAAAUUCCUGUAAAUGUCUUGUUGGGGAAUGAUUUGGGUUACAUGAUAACUGCUUUUGUGCCCUAUGACCAGGUCUCACUAGGUCCAGCCGCGCUGGAGUGUGGCCACCCACCUCAACAGGUAAUUGUAAAAAGUACAAUGCAGCAAAGUAACUGGGAGGGAGGACUGGGAGGCAGGAGCCAGAGUCAACCAGUGCCUGAACCAGUGUUGUCCCAAAGUAGGGAUAAGAAGGGAGAGGGGGAGGAGAGGUUUCCUCUAGGAGUCUCCCUGGUGCAGCCCGGUAGUAUACCGGCAGUGAGGGAUUUCCAGCGUGUAAUCCCUGAUCCUGUACCCAAAAUGCCUGAAGUCUUGAGUGGGGGUCAGCAGCUACGCCAAGCUCAGGAGUCAGUGCAGAAGCAUGAGGGACAGGUGGUUAGGACUCAGAGUAGGGUCCUAGUGGAUAAUGCCACUCAGACUGGGGAGAGUGAUGGUAGUAGUGGGCCAGGAAUAGCCCUCAUGCCAGAACCAGUACUGAGGGGCGGUCAGGUGGUCAGUACUAAGGAGGAAAGGCUGACAGUACCAGGAGUUGCUCCCAAGUCAGAUAGCAACAAAGUAGUUUUUCCAGAAGUCCAGAGUAUUAAGGACAAGCCCAGUGGUUUAUGCCAACCCAAGACUAAGCAGGUCAGUGGAGACCAGGGUGGCAUCAAGGGGGUGGGAGGCCUCCAACUACUUUCUAUGUCUAGGCCCAGGGAAUGGGAGAUUAGAGAUAGGCUGGAGGGCCCCUCAGUGAACAAGGUGGGAGGAAUAGGUCAGAUGCCUGAGGAGAGCAGUGAUAGACCAUUGCCUACUAUGCAAACCUGCACUCUGUCCAGAGACAGUGCAGAUAGAGGCAAAAUGGGAAGUAUACCUACAUCAAACCAGUCCAGUACCUGGGAUUAUACUGAUACAGCCCUCAAGGAACAAGACUUUAGGCCGGGGAGGUAG